UGAUUGAUGCCUUUGCCCAACCCAAUUUCAAAUCAGAACCCUCGCUCCGCCAGCUCCUCCUCCGGCCCACCCUCUUCCCGCAGCUCCUCCUCCGCUGCCCCCCUCCUUCUUCCCAAUCCAGCUGGGUCAACACCCAGCUACAAAACUAUUCUUCUCCAUUAUUCCCGAUCUAUACUAAUAGUUGUCCAUUUCUCAAAUCCCUCCUCUUGUCUCUUAUUCGUUUCCUCUCUGCACUCGUCAUUAUUCUCUCCUCCAUAGUUCGAUCGUAACUUCCAAGGCGAGACGAGAGCAGGGUUUUGAAGAUUAUACAGUUUCUGCUUAGGGGCUUUUAAAAUUUGGGCAGCAUGAAUUAUAUACUUGGGGCUUUUAAACCAGCAUGUCACAUUUCAAUAACAUUUUCAGAUGGGAAAUCUCGAAAGCAGGUUCCGCUAAAGAAAGAAAAUGGCCAGACAGCAAUGGUUCCUCUUUUCCAGAGUCAAGAAAACAUCAGUGGGAAGAUAUCAAUUGAACCUGUUUCAGGAAAGAAAGUUGAACACAAUGGAAUCAAAGUUGAGCUUCUUGGUCAGAUAGAAAUGUACUUUGACAGAAACAACUUUUAUGACUUCACGUCUCUUGUUCGUGAGCUGGAUGUUCCUGGUGAAAUAUAUGAAAGGAAGACAUAUCCCUUUGAGUUUUCCACUGUUGAAAUGCCUUAUGAGACGUAUAAUGGUGUGAAUGUGCGACUGCGGUAUAUUCUUAAAGUAACAAUAAGUCGGGGCUAUGCUGGUAGCAUUGUAGAGUAUCAAGAUUUUGUGGUUCGUAACUAUGGUCCACCUCCAUCUAUCAACAAUAGCAUUAAGAUGGAAGUAGGGAUCGAAGAUUGCCUUCACAUAGAGUUUGAGUACAAUAAGAGCAAGUAUGACCUAAAGGAUGUUAUUAUCGGCAAGAUAUAUUUUCUUCUUGUAAGAAUCAAGAUAAAGAACAUGGAUCUUGAGAUCAGGCGCCGAGAAUCUACAGGCUCAGGGGCCAACACACAUGUUGAGACGGAGACACUUGCAAAGUUUGAACUGAUGGAUGGUGCUCCUGUGAGAGGUGAAUCAAUUCCAAUUAGGCUUUUCCUGAGUCCAUAUGAGCUGACACCUACUUAUCGCAACAUCAACAACAAAUUUAGUGUCAAAUACUACUUGAACCUCGUUCUUGUUGAUGAAGAGGAUCGGCGGUAUUUCAAACAGCAGGAAAUCACAAUGUUCCGCCUUGGAGAAACAUCUUAAUGUAGGAUAUGAUUGGUGUCUAUAAAUAAUUAUCUACGGGAUUGGUUAUGGUUUCAAGCUUUGGUGUUCUCACAAGAUGGAAUUCUGCUGUUGAUGCGUGAAAUGACUGCCUUUGUUGGUGGUUCAUGCUGUCAAUACAUUAUACUUGCAAUUUUUAGAUUGGGAAUCAUGUAUAUGGGGAGUACAGGAUAGGUUGGGAUCUUUGUUUGUGAUUUGCAACCAUUGUGGAGUUAAAAUGGAUAAGCAUGAAAAACAGCAGUAAACAUUGCCUAGUCGCUGAUAGAUGUAGUCAUCAUGACAGGAUGUUAUAAUUUGUGUUUGUUCUUGUACUUUGCCUGCGUGCAUUUCUAUCUUAUCUCUGACAAGUUUUCUGCUGACACCCUUUUGCUGGGAGGCAUUAGGACUUCUAUUUGUUUUCCGCAUCUUUCUUGUCCUUUCCUUUUUUUUCCGUCUUUCUUCUGUUGAACUUCUGCCCGUGUAUCUUGAUCUUGACACCCCUUUGUUGAGGGGCAUUAGGACUUCUCUUUCAUA